AUGACAAUACACGGUCAUGGGUCCACGGAUCAAAAGCUAGAAGACUUUUACAACGAUAUACCCCUCGGAGAAGCAGGAAAACAACUGCUUGACCAGCUGAAUCGCAACAUUUCAAGUAUCGUGUCUUCACUAGACUCUGGAGCGCGUCAAUUUAAAACUAUUGAAAACAGGUUUUUUUCUCUGUUCUGCGUUCAAAAAUUAAGCGAAAUAAAUUAAAGAUUAGAGACUGAUGUAUCGGCAUUGACAGCAUGUUUGCAAGAUACUAUAUCCAAAUGUUUGGUGCCGCAUGCGCCACACGAAGAUCAACUGAUGCAGCUCGACGGCGCCAAGCGGAGACUAAAAGAACUGACGCGUCUUUUGGAGGUUCCUAUAACGAAAAGGAAUUAAAGAAAAAAAUUGUUACAGGCUCGAGAAGUUUUCAACUCUGCCGACGUUCGAUUGGGGUUGACAGAGCGUUCCGUUGAUGAUUCGCUGCUCCCGACGUUGAUAGCCAUCGGUGAAAAUUUGAAAAUUUUCAAACCGGUUCGUCUCGCUAAAAUUUUUAAAAUUUCAAUCAACAUCCAUUCUGAAUUUCAGCUUGGAGCCAAACCAAAGUUUGAUUCUGAAGCGUAUCACACGACCAGAGAUCGCUACUUGACAUGGAAGGGGACGGAAUUUGCGGUGAAAUUCGGUUCGGCUGACGGUUUAGAUGAUAUUUUUGAGGCUUUUAGUGCUCUCAAUUCGUUACAAGGUUUGUUUUAUCUGUACCACAGUGUGAAAAAAGUCGUAGCAAUACAGAAAAAAAAAAACUUUUCAACGGAUGCAUUUUUAUUGAUUAUCUACACGUUCAAGUUGGACCAUCUAUAAAUCAACAUUUUUCCACAUUUUUAAAUCGGAAUACUCUAAAAAAAUAAAUUUUAGACUUUUAUCGUCUUUAUCAACUACACUUUGACCAAUCCCUCAACUCACUGGUCAACGUCAACAAAAAUGCCGACGAGCGCUCUGUUAAAGACCUCGGAUACAGUUUCAUUUCUCGCUCCAGUGAGCAUUUCCGACUUCACAUGAGGUACCUACAAAAAAAUUUCAAUAUUUUAAAUGAAAAACUCAGUUCGCUGUGCAAAUACUGCGAUCAAGACAAGGCUUUUUCUUACCUACUAGAGUCCUGGAACAAUUUCGUCAAAAAUGGAGGCUUGGAAACGGUCCUUGACGUCGUGAUUGAUGCAUAUUCCGAUUACAACCUUCUCGACGACCUGCAUAAUGUAGUUAUAUUAUUUGAGAAAAAUUUUAAAGCGUUUUCCUGUUACAGUUGGUAGAAAAUGCUCGAAAACUGUACGUUGACGAGGAGCCAGACGUCGUUUCAAAGGAGCCGACUGUAGAAGACGUCGAGAAAAUAAUGCUCGAGGGUUUUCUGAAAUGCUCAGUGGAGCCCUUGUCCAAGAAACUUGUCUCAAUGAUUGAGCCUCCUCCAAUCGAUUUUGUUAGUUUUAUUUUGAUUUUUCAAAAAAUGUUUGCAUGUUAAAGAUUGAAAGAUCGACGAAACCAUUCCAAUUCCUUUUGAGGUGUGUAGAUUAGCUCUGCAAUUAACUUAUUAAUUAAUUAAUAUAAAGUUAAAAGUGAAAUACCUGUAGAGAAGUAUUAUCAAUUAAUAUUGAAAGUGAAUUGAUUCUUUAAAGUACCAAAAUGCACGUGUGAAAGUACAUUAUAAAAUCCUUGGCGUGAAAAAAUGACAAAUAAUGGUAAAAAAAUUUAGAAAUCGUCGGUUGAAAUCACGAAAAGCAUCGAAUCGUUCGGAUUACUGUUGAAACAAGUCACUAGCCACGUCUCGGCUAUUUACAGCGAUUCUCACGAGACACUGGUAGCCGUUGUCAAGGUAAACAGAAAAUUUUGAAACAGACAAAAAAACUCUUUGGAUUACAGCCAAUUUUUUCCGAUUACACGACGCGGCUUUCGCGGAUGCAAGACAAGACGAAGAUGGAAUCGGCUCGUGUCGAAGAAUACCUGGAUCGGCUCAAUUUCGCCGGACAAUUCCACACGAUUUUGGGAAAUUACCAAAAAGACACGAAACUUCAGUGUGAGUACUGAAACAAGACCGAAAUUGAGCCGCCAAAUUCGAAAAAAAAGUGUGUAAAGAAACUUUUUCAGCUGGUCCCGAAAUAAAAAUGGCCAAAAAGUGGAUUUCGGAGAGAGUCAAAAACGCGUUCAAGGCCAGUUAUCGACUUAUCACUGACCGUAUGCCGUCACACGGAGUGAGAUUCUUGUCAUGAACUGUUUGAAGUGAUCCUGGGGCUUGCAGGAAGACGUUUACAAGGAGGAAGAAUCCAAGUCGGCGAUGCCAACACCUCAAGACUACGUGGUCACUGCGACUCAGGUUUCUAGGCUUUCCAAUUCGAUCCGUUGAACUCACGCCUUCUUUCCGCAGAAUCUUUUGCAUUUGUUGCGCCUGUGGGAAGAAGCCCUGUCGAACAACAAUACUAGGAUUGCAGUCGUCGCUUCUGGUUUCGAAUCUAAAGAAGGUGAAUUUUAGAGUUUAGCGAGACUUAAAAAAAAAUAAAACCAAACUGAAAACUGAAAGAAAAAGCCGGAUCUGAUUUCAUAUACUGAUUUUUUACUUUCUACAAAAAUUCUCUAGUGUGAGCAAUAACAGGCGAGUGGGAGAUGUCAGAUUUUUGAACGUUGGAUUAAAUUAUCCCUCUUGCCAAGCUCGGGUCGAGUUUCGUUGAUUUUUUGCCGAGAUAUGAAAUUUCGAAGCUUUUUUACCGUAAUCCUUUGAGCCGCCCUAUCUCAAAACCUAGCCGAGUAAUGAUGUUCGGUUUUGUUUUCAAAAAAUCCUAAAAAUUUGUGUUCUGUAACAUAAUUGAUUUGAAGAAAAGGUUAUCGUAAAGUCUUUUUUUUCUCCAAGUCAGUCUAAACCCAAAAGGCGUAAAACAAGUCUGCCCCUAAAUAAUAAUGAUACAGAAACGCCGGCCCUCAUCGACGAAGAAAGAAUUUUCGCACUUGUUCUGGACAAAAUAGCCAGUCAGGUGGUUCGGAAGUUCCUACAUGCCAUCAACCAGUUCACAACACCCAAUCGGGUCAUCUCUCGCUUUUUACUCAAGGAGCUCUUGUGCGAUUCAGGUUGAGAAAAUCGCUUGUUUUCAAAAAUUUUUACUAAAAAAAUUCCAGAAUACCUACGCGAUGCGUUGAUCGAUUUGCGAGCCGGCGUGCACAAGAGCUUGGACGAAAAAAAUUGAGGAACUCGCAAAGAAUCUACAAAAUAUCAAGAAAUGAUUGAAAUUCCAUAUCAACUGGGCCCGGGUCGUAAAAUUAUUUUUUCUUGUAAAUGAUCAACGAAAUUAAAUCGGUUAUAAUUUACUUUAUUCUUUCUCGGGUCGGAAUGGUAAAUAAUGGCCUCUAAAAGGAAGAGGCUCAAAAAAGGCAACGAAGAGAGUCAUUUUAUCGAGCCUUCCAUUUUUCUGGGGUAUUAAAGGCUCGAAAAAUGGUGGAGAAAGGGAGAGACAGCAAAAAUGGUGCAUAAGGACUAAGAAAGUGGAGCAAAAAGGGAGCCUUCAUUACCCUAAAAGGAACAUUUCUAGGGAGCCUCCCAGCAGCCUUUAUGGACCCUUGGAGAGUCUUUCCGACUUUGCCUAUGCAUGCACAGUCUUUGCGGGUAUUAGAAAUUGAUCGAAGACUCAGAUGGUCACUGAAAGUUUCCCUUAAUUAAAAAGAAUGUAUUGAAACGCCUUAUAAACUAGAGCCAGACGCAAUAUUUUAUUUGAAAGGCUGGAAAAAUUUACAGUACGGGCUCUCAACGGAUGCCUCAGUAUUAAAUCUUUUAGAGCAAAGCUGGUUGGGCACAGUUGGGUCUCAUAUUUUCGAAAUAAAAAUCCUCGCGCCAUCCCCCUUUUUAAAACGUUUCAGACUCAGUUAGCCUUUAUAAACCGCGGGUUUAAUACGGGUACACCCGUUGAGAGUGUGUGGAGAUCCCGAACGACCUUUCUAAGGACAUACGAUCUGAGUGAGAGCAAAAUAUAGCUCUAUUGGAGAGAGUCCGAUUUUUGUUUAAUGUGAGAAGUUUGGUUUGAAUUGUACGAAUUAUUUCUUUUUCAAUUUGAUUGAACCUUGGACUUGCGAAUUAUUCAUUUUUUUUUUCAUUUUUUCGACUAGAAUUUGGAUGUCAUAGUCCUUUUUGAGAAAGAUUUCGAAAAGACUCGCGGUUAUGAAGAAUGUUUACAAAACCCUUUCUUUUUUGAAUUUUCAUGUACUGACCCAAAUUUUGAGCAAUUUAUGCGCGCCAUCGGGUAAUUAUUCUCGGCCGAGAAAAAUCGAGAGGAAGUAGGAAGACAAAAAAAAGGUCAGACUUUCUGCAUCUAUGCGGCUGAAUUUCCAUCGGAUCGUCACUCAGUUUUUCGAGGUAAAUAUGCUCAAACUUUUUUUUUAAAUUCUCAAUCAUGAGUGUCAAAAACGUUGCAAGAAGUUUCCAAUUUUACGAAGUUUCCCGAAACUUUUUGCAGUGGCAAAGCUCUGUAGUAGUGCGAUGGCCGUUGCCCUUCAUUCUUGUCCCAAUCAUUUUCACCGCUGGAAUCGGUUAGUUGAAUCGCGUCGCUGGGUUCAGUUCUUUUGAGGUUUUGUUUUAGUAGGUCUAGUCGUGUCCGACUUCCAUUUGAAUGUGAGCAAUGACACGUUGCAAGUCUUUCUGCCAGACGAUAUGCAAAGCCUACGAGACUUGAAACAAGUAGGAGAUGAAAACAUGAAGUUGAAAUUAAAACUUGCUCAGUUGUUGCGUUUGUUUCCUCCACGCGAUGCUCAACGAGACAGCUACAGUCACUUCGGCUCGAAGUUUGCUUACACGGUGAUGGAAGCUCAAGACAAUAUUCUGACAAAAGAAGGAAUUGAAAAAGUGGCAAGGCUACAUCGAUUCGUCAUGGGAUUGAAGGUGAAAACUUGGCAGACGCUUGGAAUUCUACAUUUUUAUGAUCGAAAGCGACUCAAAGAACCUAGAUUUCUUUUGACUUUUGUAAUUGGAAAUUUCUUUAAUAUAGUCCGUUCAGAUUUUGAAAGUCAAGUAGAAUGACGUCAUUCGAAAAGGCUCUGUGGAUGGCUCGGAUUCGUUUAUCGCGCCAUUAGGGGGCGGAGCUUGAGCGAGGACUUGACAUUUGAAAUCCCAACAGACUAUACUGCAAAAUCCUUGUCAAAUGGUAACAUGCUUCCAAGCACAGGAGGAUUUUUUUUUUGCACUUUAAAUUAACUCGUCCCUAGGAGCCUCGUACACGAAAAUUACAGGAAUAAUGUUCUCAAUAUAUUCUAGACUCGAAAAGGGGAAGAACAUUCUGCCGUUUGCCUACGAACAGAGAGCGACAAUGUUUGUACGCUUCAUCCAGUGGUUUUUGCACUGGAAGACGAAAUGCCGGUAUGUAUCGAGUUGAAAGGGUCAAUUUUGGGACUUUUCAAAAAAAAGUAAAAUUUCAGCAGCUAUCACUCCAAUUUUUGUUGCGGUACCCACAACUCAAAUUCGGAGACUUUUCAGUCGAUAAUGCCGUUGUUUUCGGAGGCGUCACUCUCAAAAAUGUUCGUUUCUCAUUUUAUCACGAUAAUCUCAUCCGGUUUUUUUCUCUAACCUAACCAAGUUCUGGGUUUCGGGAACUAGCAGUUUCUUGAAUGGACCAAAAUAAAAGAAAAGCAAAAUUGUCACCUUUUUUUUUCCAUUCCAGUCCACGGAUCCCGACGGCAACUCGCCAAUAAUCUCCGCAAAAGCCCUACGAAUCGUUUAUGUUUUGGAAGCAAGCCAGCGUGCUGAACGGUUAGUUUUUGCGAAUUCCAUCUGCAAAUUGACGAUUCAGUUGGUUGGAUCGAUUUCUUGAGGAGAUUCCCAAAUACACUGAAGAAAAUGUGACAAUUUUAUGGUCGUCUUCAAAAAGCCUGUCAAACGAGAUGGAGAGGAACGGAGAGGUUUUUUUUCCGUGAUUUUCUCAAUAACGGCAACAGAAUGCUGCGUUUUUGAAGAAACAGCAAGCCGUUGUGAAUAAUUAACUUUUUUGUAAAGCUACUGAUCCCUUGGAUGCCAUGGACAUCGCUGCUGCUCGUCACUUUUUGUAUGUUGGUCUGUUCAUCUUGCGACUCGAUCAAGUAUGUUUUCGCGAUUUUCAUUUUCUCAAGAAUUAAAGUGAAACAAAUUGAUCAUAUAGUCUGUGUGCCGCGACUUGAAAUUUCAAAGAACAACAUUCCGGUGUUCCGCUGCGUGCGUUCGCGAAGCGUCUUUCGAAUCUAGGUCUCGCUUUCAAUUGAUUGUUAUUGCUGUGGGAGCACAUAGAGUACCUUGAAUUAAAAAAAAGCGCGAUCAAGGUUCGCAAAGGCGCGCAGCGGCACAGCGGAAUGUCGUUUGGUGAAAUUCCAAGUCGUGGUAAACAGACUAUAAUGAGCCUAAGAAUUCCAGAUCCCAACCGUUCAUCGGCUUUUUCGCCAUGUUCAACGCCAGUAUGGCUACGCUGGCUUCAACAGCGUUACUAAUCUAUUUGGAAUAUCCAUUCCUUCCUCUGGUGUUCAUCAUGCCUUUCUUGGUUGUUUGUAAGACUCUUGAGGCGAAAAACUGAUGGAACACGUGUGCAACUUCCAGCCAUCGGGACAGAUAACAUGUUCCUGAUGCUCAAAAGCUGGCGGAUGACAGACGACGACGAUUCGGAGCAGCGCUACAUUGAUGCGUUGACCGAAACGGCCGCUUCCUUGUUUCUGACCUCGCUCACCGACGGACUAUCCUUCAGUAUUGGCAGCAUUUCGGACUUUCACGCAGUUCGUAAGUCUUUUCACGUUAAUUCAAGAUAUCUCAACUUUACUAAAAUUUAAGUCUAUUUACAUUCCUCCCAAAGAAUAAAGGCAAACUGCUCAGAAUUUUCCAACAAACUGAAGGGAACUUACAUGAGACUGUUUAGGCGUUUUCUGUACAUAUUGCGCAAUGGCGAUUCUCUUCAUGUUCUUGUUCCAAGUCACGUUUUUCAACGCCGUCAUGGUCCUGUGCUGUCGGAGAGAAGUUGCACGAAGACACGCUAUUUUCUGUUGUCGGCCCGCGCUGGAAAGUUGGUGAUUUCAGUGUCAAAUUUUCAAUCUUUCAAUAAUUUUAAAAAAAAUAAAAAAUCUCUGAACAGAUUUCUGAACAAGCCAACACCAAACGGGAUUUCAAAAUUUUUAUGUCAUUUUUUUUCUUUCAAUUCAAAGACGAACGAGAACAGUAUAAACCUCCUCAAAGUCAAGACAUAACGAGCAAAAAAAUCUUUGACGAAAACCCAACGGCCCUUUAUCGAACUUUGAUAUAUAAUCAAGAUAUCAACUCCCAUUUUUCAGAUUCUGAAAACCCGACCAAAAUUCGAGUCAAGAUCCGCAACGAUUGCUCUUUAAAUAUUUCGAAAUGGAAACUUGGCAAAAUUUUGGCUAGAGCUUUGAGUCCCUGGCCAUCGAGGUACAGUUUUCGGAAAAAGCUCGGAAAUUUGCUCUUUCAGAGUCUUGGUACUAUUCGUCUUUGUUGGUUACUUGUGGCUCUCAGUCGUUUACACGCUUGGUGAGAUUUUCAUUUUUCACUCGGCGGACUAGGUUCCAAGAACUUUUACCUAAACUUAAAAUUAGUGUUUUGUUUGAGCUCUUCCUUUGGGACUCGACCUGAAAUUGUUGGCUCCCGACGAAUCUUACGCGGCUCGAGAGCUCGUCCAACAAGAGCGACUUUUCGCCGACUAUGGUUCUUUUUGCUUUGGAGUUGUCCUCACAGCCAACGUUUCGUUGGGCGAUCCAAAAGUACGUCGCGAUCUUGUCGUACUCUACCGUGAACUUGGAAGGUUAUCUUAAAAUCUUUUAUUAUCAAAAAACGAUUUUUUUUAAUGUUUUGGACACCAAGGUUUCAUUGAUUACAGCUCGCCCUACGCCUCAUGUGUAGACUUCUGGAUCGACGAUUUCGAGAAAAAGUUUCACGGAGAGUAUUUUACCACUAAAACGUUGAAUGAAAAAGUGCACACGUAUCUCGUCAAGCAGGAGAACAAAAAGUUUCAAACUGAUAUACGGCAGGUCGCCUUUUCUGGGCGUUACAAAAUGUGAACAUCUUGAAGAUUUUCAAUGGACGGCGAAAUUGAAGCUUUGAAGAUGAUUUUUCGGGUGCGGAAACUGGGAGCUAUAAACGAUGCUCCACGUGCCGACUUUAUGAGGUUUUUUUUCUUUAUUUCUCUGUUACUCAAUUAAAAAGGUUCCAAAAUAAUGAGGUUUUUUUCCUUAUUUCUCCGUUACUCAAUUAAAAAAAGGUUCCAAAAGAAACGGACUUCCUUUCCGAAAAAGUGAUGCCUAUAGGGGUUUAGGGUCUGACCCCUUAGCCCCUAAAGCUCAAGUGGACCCUCUAGAAGUCUUUCAUUGAAAAAAAAAAAACGCUAAUUUGUUCGGCUUUCCCAUGGAAAUGUUUCUUCGCUUAGAGAAUUAUCAACUGGCAUAUCCCCUAUAGGGACCACUAACUGAAACUCUCCUAGGGAACACUCUAGAGUUCCAAACUUCUAAACUGAAGCGCCUUUACUUCAAACUGAAGUGCCUUUGAAAAAACAAAAAGAAACCUUUUGAGGAAAGUGAUGGCCGACAGUGGCUUCGACGGUUUCGUCUACGAUACAAGGUACUUGACAGCGCCAAGAAUGUUGUGUGCAAAUUCUACAGCUUCCUGCUCGUUGAUCAGCAGCUCGUGACCGUGUACGACGUUAUUGUCAAUGUUAUCUCGACGAUUGUGACAAUGCUGGCCAUCUGCGUCUUGAUGGUGCGUCUAAUCUCACAAGUAGCUGUAGAAGAGGCACAAUUUUCGCAUCUCUUUUACCUCAUUAUAAACUUGGAAACGUGCUGCAAAACAUUUAGUAUAAAAGCAAGAACUGAAAACAAUCUCUUUCAUAAAUAAGAUCCUGAUUUGAUAUAAUGUAAAUCCAUCAAAAUGAAAAGAAAAAACCAGGUCCCACGCCCAGUCUCGGCGACGUGCAUCGCCCUGGCGAUACUUUCUGUCAACGUUGGCGUCGUCGGCGCACUGUCUUGGGUUAACACACGACUCGACAUCAUCUCCAUGAUCACCAUCGUCAUGAGCAUCGGCUUCUCUGUCGACUACGUCACUCACUCUACCUUUCACUACGUUGUUCAACGGGAAAAUCGUCUCGAAGUGCGCUGAUUUUUUUUUUCAAAUCGUCUGGUAGCUUCGAAGGUGGACUGUUUAAAAUGAAUAGAAAUUUGUAGUCUUCCGUUUUUUUUUUCGAAAGAAAGUUAGUGAUAUAAUAGAAAAUGGGUAGUGCUCGAUGCUUUGAGAACAAUCGAACAUAUGUAAGGCACCCUUUAUUUAAGAAUUUGAGAUUUACAGUAAACGACUCACUUAAUUGGAAACAGUUGAAGAAUUUUGACAAGAAAUCAGUACUUCAAAAAAAGGGCUACCAACCUUUUUUAAAUUGCAAACUCCGACAAGCCUGAAACUGGCACCCCUGAGUUUCAACAUUUGAUCUGACUGUCCUGAGAUUAGAUCUAACGACUGGAAGUUCCAAAUUUCUAGCUUUCCACUGAAAUUCCUGAAAUUUGAUCUCCAAACUAGCGGUCUCAACUUUGCACCAACUGACAGUUCGAAAAAUUUACGAUUUUGCGAAAAUGCCACGAAGUCUGAAUACUGAAUUAAUGAAGAAAAAAAAAAAAUCAAAUCACAUAUUUCUAUCCAAUAUAACUAGCUCAACGCUUUCUUUUCUAUGGUCGGACUGAGCAUGAGAUUCCUCGAACUUUGAAAAAACGAUAGAAGAAAAAAGAACCAAGCCAAUUAAAUGUUGUUUUUCAGAAGUGCCUCGAAAUGAUGACAGAGCCCAUCUUGCAAUCGGCCUUGUCCACAGCCGUGGGCGUUUUUUUGCUUUCUUUUGUCCGGUCCUACAUCGUCAGGACUUUUGUCUACACUGUCUUUUUUGUCGUUUUGAUCGGCAUUGUUCACGGCCUCGUUUUUCUCCCAGUUCUUCUCGAUACCGUCGUGAGUUUUUGCUUUUUUUUUCCAGCAACUGCGACGCUUCAUACUUUUCUUCGUGAAUUUCUUUCGAGAAUGUAAACUAUUUGACACAGGUGCCAUCAACUGAAUACAUGGAAGCCUAUGAGCCGCCACACGAACGACAAAAAACGCAUAUUCGUACCGCCAGUCGUCACACUUAUAAAGUACCGUAUUCUUUCAAUGUAUAGAUGUUUUUUUCCCAGUUAAAAAAACAACACCGGGUGUUCAUUUAAUUUCCAAUUUUUUUGAGUUUUUGAAUAAAAAAAUUGGACAAAAUGAGAAACUUUUUACCCUUUUGAGAGAUGACUAUAAAAAUUCAAUAAAGGAGAAUUGAAACGAAAAUCGAGAGGAGAAGAUUCAAACUAUCAAUUUUACCCAAUGAAAAUUGCUUUUGCGUGUUGUCGGUGCUUCGUUGCUGAAGCGAAGAGUUCUGAUAAAACUUCAACAUUUGACAAAAAAAAAAAUCAAACCUCUAAUAAUAGCGAAUUAUUGAUUGUCGGUCGGACGGCCAUUGGUUUUUCCGUCGUCUCCAUUUUUUCAGAGCCUGAAACUUGAUUUCAUAUACAAUAAAUUUACAAAGAGACUACAGGCUUUUUGUUCGAUGCAGCUUUAAUUUUAAAAAAUUCGUUUUUAAAACGUGAGAAAAAUGCACCGCAGUCUUUGUCGUCGAUUGUGACGAGGCCAAUGGCGCCAAGUCGACUGCAGGUAUUCGGAUCCAGAACAAGCUGAGGACAGCUCGAAGCGAAGAACGAAUGAGAAAAUUCGCCAAUAAAAGGAAUAGACUGUAA